UUAUUAAGUUAACAUGGAUGAAUUGGACGAUGUGAGGUAAUGAACAAAACCACGCCCAGACAUGACCACUUUACGCAGAAAUCUAAAAAACACAGUAAACAACUAUACUGACAUACAAUGUAAGGUCAGAGAGGCAACCUGUAAUGAACCAUGGGGUCCUGCCACAACCGUUAUGACCGAGAUUGCUGAUGCUACCUACUCAGUAGUUGAGUUUGCUGAGAUUAUGACCAUUUUAUGGAAGAGAUUAAACGAUCACGGCAAAAAUUGGCGGCAUGUUUACAAGCCCGGUAAACCGUUGAUAAGACGCUCCGAGUUCCACCACUCCUUCAAGGCACUACUAGUUCUGGACUACAUAAUAAAGCGUGGGUCGGAGAGAGUUGCCCAACAGUGUAAAGAACAGAUUUACUCUCUACUGACUUUGCAGGACUUUAGAUUUGUCGAUAAGGAUGGUAAAGAUCAAGGAGCUAGUGUGCGUGAGAAAGCGAGACAGCUUGUAACUCUUCUUAAGGACGAUGACAGGCUCAAAUCAGAGAGGAAGAAGGCCUUACAAGCAAAGGAAAGAUUCGCUCAAAACAGUACGGGAAUCGGGUCAACUAACAGCAAGAUUCCUAAAACUUCAGGCACUUUGGGAGGGUUUAUGAGUCGUGGAGGAGGCGACAGCUCUCGAUCCUCCAACCCUCCACCAGCUGGAGCUGCAGCUGUAACUGAUCCCUCGAUCAGCUCCGCAUUAGAGCAGGCCAGGCCAAGUGACAGGGACGAAGAAGACUUGCAGCUUGAACUGGCCCUGGCCAUUUCAAAGGAGGAAGCGGAGAAGGAUAAGGAAGCGGAUGAUGCUUUGAAAGCUACUUUAGAACGCAGUAAGACAGAGACACGUAUAGAGUACACAGCAGCUGCUGCCAGUCCUGAACCCCCGAGACAAACACUCCUCUCAAUCUCCAAACAACCGCCCCCAAGACCCCCCUCUACCCCUCUCGACCCCUGGGGUUUGCCACUGAUGCCUGGUUCUCCAACAGGAGAAUCCUCCCCUCAAAUACAGGCUUCAUCCCUUCCUGCUAACGAUCCUUGGGCUCCAGCACCUCAAUCUAGUGGGCAAUCAUUGCUCGACACUUCGCUGGACGCUCAAUUUUCUCAGCCAAGUAACUAUGCGAUAAUAAACACUUCCGUCAAGGCUCCUGAGCCUUCGCCGUCUCACCUUAUAGACCCCUGGGGCGGACCGGUAGCAGUAAGCAAUUUCAACACUCUGCAGCCGACUAGUAGUGGCAUACUCCAACCCCAUUCUUCUACCAUGCAACCUGCCACCACUAACUUGCUGGGCGACCUUGAUCCUUUCGGAUCCAGUAUGUUGUCCUCCACUCCUCCCAUGUCUACCCCUCAGAUCCCACCCCACGUUCCAAUGAGUAGCUCAACAACUUUGCAGCCCAGUUCCAAGAUGGGCACUAUACUAGACAAUCGAACCAAACAUCUCGUUAAUAUUGAUAACCUCAUCUCGACGCAAACACCUAAUAGUGGACAAACCAACCCGUUCGGGACUCCUCGACCGUCACCUGGAUCUGUGUUCAGUGGAGAGAGUACCAACCCCUUCCUAGCAAACGUGAACAACUCGCCCAACUUGUCGCUCAAUGAGCUUAGAAGUCCGCCUCCUACGGGAACAACUGCCAAUACCAACCCUUUUGCCUGAACUUUUUCCUAUCUUAUCCUCUCUCCUAAUACUAAAAGUUUUGCCAUUCUGAGAGUGAAUGUGAAACCUGAUUCUUCGACUUUUGUCAACCCAAAAGUUGGGACACUUGGUGUGGAACUGUUUGUCGUUUGACUCUCUGCAGUGUUUUUAUCAAAGCUCUAAUUUGAGUUUGACGCCGGUUUGUGAGCUUAAUGUCCUCCUCCUGGGAUUUCUCAGCCUUUUGUAUCGAUCCGCCCCUUUUUCCGGCUUUGUAUUACUUUCGUCAUGUGUUCCUUAUUAAACUAGAUUUUAUACGAAAAUAAUUGUAUAAUAUUUUGUUUAACUGUGGAUUAGUUUAUUCUAUUCGGGUUAAAUUUUAUAACUAUUGAUCUAUUGUUAUGUUUAUGCAUAGUACAUAGAUUUAUUGAAUUUAAAUAGAGGUUAGCAUUACGCUAUGAGAAAUGAAAAUUUAGAGUUAAAAUACAAAUUUAAUUUUCUGAUUUUACUAGUAGUUGUUAAGGAUUCGAGAUUAGGAUCUAUUGAAUCGUCGGCCGUGGUAUUUAUUCUGCAAAAUUAUGAAUUUAUUAGAGUCAAUAUGUUAGCCCUGAUCUGUAUAUAUAUAUAUAUAUAUAUAUAUAUAUAUAUAUCUAAUCAUUGUAAUAUUGAUGCAUAGUACAUAUAAAUACAAAAUUGCCUUCAAUCUCAGAGAGCAAUGCACAAUUUUCUAAGCCAUAUUAUUGUAAAUAUAUAGAAUCUUGAUGAAGAAGUUUUAUGUUCCAAUUUAGUGGAUAGUUAAUAGGUGUACAAGGUUAAAAUGGCCUCUUUGAAUUUGAUAUGCUUAGAGAUGUGACUUUUUUUGUCUACCCAAAAUAGCAAGUCUGUCAGUCAAUGAUGAGAGAACUGUUCUUUACCAUUUCAAUUCUUACAAAUUAUUGUAUGAAUUUGUUAAACCGAAUCUUUUUGCGUACUACAAA